AUGAACAAUCGAUCGCAAACCGUUCGCGUCCACACGGGACCGUUACCAACGUACCGUACUUGUAGUAGUACUUUAGCCGAGAUUGGGUCCAGUUCAGGGGCGGCGCAUGGCUCAUUUCGCCGCAUGCCCACCAUCUCCACCUUCUCCCACAAUCUCCACCCCUGCGCCAUGCCCCACCCCUCUCACUCCUUCGAGUUGUAUCACAAGGAAAUUAUCUAUCCGCCUGUUGGUGUUGGUGUUGUUGUUGUUUUUCUUCUUGUUGUUGUUGCUGUUGUUAUUGUUGUUGCUGCUGUCGUCGUCGUCGGCGUCGCUCGCAUCGUCCGCAUCCCGUCGGCGUCGUUUCAAGAUCGAGAGCCAUAUUCACGAAACGAGGAAUUCAUCAACACGAAGCAACUGCCAUCAUCGCUUCUUGGUCGCACCUUCCGCGGGAGUCACGGCCACCGCACUCCCACCCGCCUCAAUUCUCGACUCCCGCCGUCGCGAUACCAAAUACAAUCCAUCCAGUCAUCUCUAAAUCCAUUAACAUCCGGCGUCCGAGCCGACGGGCGGAUGGAAUCCAUAAUCAACGUCGCUGCUCCGGGCCACAUCGUAGAGCCGCGACAGGAGCCCGAACGAAAAGAUUGUGGAGAGAAUGAGUGUGAGAAGCCCAUUGGCCCGUCGACCUACACGCUACCUAUCGUUCUCGGUAUUGCCGUCCCAGUCAUCGGUGCUGCGGUGACCUUCUUCCUGCUUCACCGCCGACAUGUCCGAAGGCAAAGGCUGGAGGAUGCCAACGACCGACACGCUUCCAUGGACUUUGGUCUAGGAGAUGUGCCACAAUCUGGACGAAAGAAGAGGAAGGGCCCCAACGUUGCUGCCAUGGAUUUUGGAGACGAGAAGUCGGGGGGGAUGAGCCGGAGACAGAUAUCAAUGGAUAUGGGGAUGGAGGUGAAUAGCCCUUACCUUCUCCCGCCGGAACUGCAUAACUCAAGAGAGUCUAUCCACUCGCUGUCGAGAAACGUUCAUGAGCAAGAGGACCCAUACCGGCCCGUGAAGGAUUACUACCCAGGUGACACCAACUCGAUGCGAUCAUUCUCUAAGCAAGGCUCUUCUAUCCACACGAGCUCCAGUGCCGCUCCCUCCAGACUGCAGGAACUUGGUACCUCGGACCUCCUGUCAAAUGCCGGGCAGAUGGGGCGAGGCCCACCCGCGUCUGGCACCUUUCCCCCUCGACAAGCCUCUCUGCCGCGGAGCAAUGCGUCCAAGAGCCCCCCUGAGGUCGCUGACGGCUCCUUCGAUCCGUCUCAGUACCCUGCCGAGCCAGCCCAAGCCUACAUUCCUGCCUCAUCUCACGGUGGGAAGGAAGAAAGACAGAUCGCCCGUGAGCUCCCGCCCGCACCGUUUUCUCCAAGUCAACAAGCCCCGCCUGCCGCUUCAGCUCGCAAGUCGCCUCCAGCACCCAUCAAUACUGACGCCCCCUCUGCCGAGUCUCGACCUCCCCGGAAUGAAUCGAUGCCAAUUGUUCAAGCCCAGCAAGCCUAUGUUGAGGACGCUGGUCAGUUCGGCGAAGGCUUUCAAGUUACUCCUCCGUCUCCUGGCCGUGACAACGGCGAGGCUAUGAGGAGUCAACGCUACUCGAUGGAUGUCCCCCCUGAGCAAUUUGCGCAGGCUGGCCUAGGUGCCCCAGGAUUCGAUCCCAAGCGACUUUCCAUGGGAUUUCGACCGUUGCCUCCAAAUGCUGCAACCGAGUCCGAAGAUCCUGAGACCAGAGCCAACAGAAUCCGCUCCUUCUAUAAAGAGUACUUCGACGAGUCUAAGCCGGCUCCACAAGGGCAGUAUUAUGAGGACUACGAUGAGAACUAUCUUGGUGAAGCCGCCUACUAUGACUCGGAAUCGAACAAUUUCGUCAUGCCCAUGCCUCACAAGCCAUAUGCCGAUCCAAUGACCCGUCGUGCCAUGACCCCUCCUCCUCGUGGACCACCACGAUUCCAAGGCCAAGGCCAACCUCGAGGACGCCAAGGCUCGAUGGGAGCAAUGAGCACGGCGAGUGGUGGUCGUGGACCUCCUCCCGGGGCAAGAGCCUACUCGUCAGCAUCUGGACGCAUGGGCCCUCCUGCUGGCCCAAAGCGACCGCUUCCCCCACCAGCCGACCUGACUACCUUGCCCACUCCUUCAAAGCUGAGAGACGACUCGUUCACCCUCAACCCUCUUGACUUUGCGCCCCCUAAGACGUACCGAGAUCGUGUCGCUGGCCGCUCUGAGAGCCCACUUGGCGAGAGACGUCCAUACUCGCCGAUGGUGCCGGUAUACACGCCAUCUGCCAGUGCCUUUGAGGAGCUUGCACCAAUGCCCAGCCCACACAUGCUCAGAAAAUCUGGCACAUUCACCUCGUUAGACUUCGCAGCCCCCCGAAAGUUCCUCGAUCCCGAGAAUAUGAGCGAUGCCGGCAGUAUCCGAAGCAACCGCAGUGGAAUCUCUGCCAGACAGCAAAGCGCGAUCCGUAACGGAGCCUACCGCAUCAGCAAAAUUCCAGCUGACGUGGUCUUCACUAAAGAUGAUCUAGCAGCAACACUCAAGCCUCAAUGGGGUCUCAGACAAUCAUGA